AUGGAUUAUUCGUUCUAUUCAAACCAUCCCCAGCAACCUUAUCCUCUCUACGGCGUCCACGGGCUGCCCACUCCCGACCAAGGCAAUUCCGCCCCUCAAGCCGAGGCCAUCCAGGGCGCUUUCGCUCCUUUGGGAGCGCAAAACUACCAGUCUUUCGAUCCGAACUUGCGCUUUCAGGAUCCUCACGCAGCCGCUGCCUUCGUUGCCCCGCCACACUCGCCUCCCGAGUCCCUCACCAAGCAGUCGGUCACCAGCAUUGAAUUUUCUAGCCAGAACGUUGAUCGAGCCUCAUACGAUGGAGAUGAUCAGCUCUUAGACCAAAGUCUCGGUCGGAGCAGCAGCGAGGAGAAAGAGAGUCUGACCCCGGCGCAAUCGAAGCGAAAGGCCCAGAACAGAGCUGCUCAGCGCGCAUUUCGUGAACGCAAAGAGCGCCAUGUGCGUGAACUGGAAGAGAAAGUUAACAACCUUGAAAAUGCAUCAAACACUCUUGUGGCGGACAAUGAGCGACUGAAGAGAGAGCUGGCAAAGUUCACGACCGAAAAUGAGAUACUUCGGGCAACAUCAACUUCAAUGCGCCAGUCAGGCCAGCGCUCCACCGAUGAGGAACCGACAACGACAGGGCCAUUGCAAUACUCGCCCAUGGAUCUCAAAUCCGAUGCAGUUGGGGGUAAUGGCCCCGCUCAUCGCAUCACCAUAUGCGGAAAGACGGGUGAGAAACUGCUUGACUCGGGAGCCACCUGGGAUCUCAUCCAGAAUCAUGAGCUCUUCAAGCGUGGCCUAGUGAAUAUUGGCGAUGUCUCGGGUCGGUUGCAAGGUGCUGCUCAGUGCGAUGGGCAGGGGCCUGCCUUUCGGGAAAGCCAGGUCCUUCAGGCCAUUGAAGAAAGUGCAGCUGCUGGCAACGAUGACUUGUUGUGA